AUGCCUUCAAUGUCUUCUUAUUCGCCAGUAAUGCACAAUAAUAAUAGUUUAUCAUCAAUCAUGUUUCAACAAGGUAGUAACUAUCUUCCCUCUGUAAAUUACAACACGCCAACUACACCAACUUCUUCUUCAAUUAAUAAUCAACGUAGAAUGGUUGGAACUACAACUACAGGUACUCCAGGAAAUCCUUCUUAUACUUCACCUUCAUAUUAUAAUACAACAAAUUAUCAUGCAAAUACGAGCCGUAGUCCAACCAAUCCACAACAACAACAUGUAGAUUCAACUCCAUACAUUACUCAACAACCUCAACACCAACCACCAGAAGGCUCAGGUUCAGCAUAUGUUGAUUCUUUAUUAACAACAUUUAGACAAACAGAUAGUCAACAAGCCAUCACUCCAACAUCAAAACAAACUCAAAGAGGUUAUAAUACCAAUAGUUAUUAUGAUCUUUUAUAUACAGGAACAAAUAAUCAAUUAGCCGUAAAUUCAUCAAAUCAAUAUCAAAGACCAUCGAGUAGUUUAAGUAAUCAAAUUCCAACAUCAACAGGAAGUUCUCAACACCAACAAAAUUUGAUGUAUAAUUAUCCAAAUAAUGUUAAUCAAAAUAAUUACUAUUACUCAAAUAUUCCAAAUUAUGUUUCUAGCAGUGGAAAAGGAACUUCUCUAUCUCGAGUAAAUAGCAAUUCUUUAUUGCCUCCACAACAACCAGGAUCUACAAUUAAUUGUCCAAUAGUUGUUGCAGAUGAACAAAUAGUACAAAGAUCAUAUCAAAAUAACAUUAACACUAGAAGUUAUUCACCUGCAUAUAAUGGAAAUCAAGCACAUGCUUAUCAGAAUACUGCUUAUCCUUCUUCAAUGCCAAAUAAUCAAACCCAAAUGCCUCCUCCACAACAACCAGUAACACAAGUUCAACCUACUAACAAUCCACCACAACAACCAGUAACUCAAACGACACAACAACCUUCUUCAUCUAACAGUAAUUAUCCAGUAGGUUUGAUUGUUGGUAGUAAGUAUAGAUUGAUGAGCAAGCUUGGUAAUGGUGCAUUUGGUGAAGUAUUCUUGUGCCAAAAUAUAGAACAACGAGAAGAAUAUUAUGCAGUCAAAUUAGAAACACUACCAACUCCACAAAAUGGCCAAGCUAAUAGUGGAAAACAACAAUUAAUUUAUGAAGCAAAAGUAAUUUCAUACCUUAUGAAUGCACAACCAAAUAGUACUACUAGUAGUAAUAGCACAACCAAUUCAUCCAAUAAUCAGAUAAUGAGUAUUUGUCAUGGUAUACCUCGUGUGUUUUGGUUCGGAACUGAGGGAGUAUACAAUAUUAUGGUUCUUGAACUACUUGGUCAAAGCUUGGAAAGCUUAUUCAAAAAAUGUAGUCGUAAAUUCAGCUUAAAGACAGUUCUUAUGUUAGCUGAUCAAAUGAUCCAGAGAAUUGAAUAUACACACAAAAGAAAUUUCGUGCACCGUGACAUUAAACCAGAUAACUUUUUGAUGGGAAGAAAGGUUCCUGGUAAUAGCCCUACAGGGUUGUUAAACCUUCUUAAUGCUCCUUAUCAAACCAAUGCUUCUUUGCCUUCCCCAGGUAGUGAAAAUAUAGUAUAUCUCAUUGAUUUUGGGUUAUCAAAAAUGUACAUGACAGACAAGGGUCAUAUUACUUUAAGAAAAGACAAACAUUUGACAGGUACUGCUCGUUAUGCAAGUUUAAAUAAUCACAAAGGAUACGAACAAUCGAGAAGAGAUGAUCUUGAGUCUCUUGGUUAUGUUUUAUUGUAUUUCUUGAAAGGAACUCUUCCUUGGCAAGGUUUGACAGGUAACACAAAGGAAGACCACUAUAACAAUAUUUAUCAAAAGAAAAAGAAUAUCAAGAUUGUAAAUCUUUGUAGAGGUUUCCCUGUUGAAUUUGCCACUUAUUUAAAUUAUACUAGAGCUCUGAAAUUUUGCCAAGAACCAGACUAUACCUAUAUUAGAAACCUUUUCUUAAAUUUAUUUAUUAGAGAAAAAUAUUCUUUGGAUUAUGAAUGGGAUUGGGUUGUUUUAGAAAAGAAGCAACGCAACAACUAACUCAAUAAAUCAAAGAUUUUAAAUC